AUGUCGAAGAAAUUACGAAAAUUUGAGAAAGCAGCAUUGUACAAGAGUAAUAGUUGGAGCAUUGGUGAUGAGGUUAAAAAUAAGACGAAGAAUAACAACACCAAUACUAAUAGAAUUUUGAUAUCAAUCACCAUCGUUGGUAGUUCAGGACCAUUAACAAUAGUGGUUAAUGAAGAUGAUGUUGUUUGUGAUGUCAUUGACAAAGCUCUCAAGUUUUAUGCACGUCAAGGUAGAUUGCCUGUUUUGAAAUCUGAUGCAUCUGAUUAUGUUUUACAUUGCUCAAAUGAUGUCUCUGAUGCUCUAGGUUCAAAUGAACGCAUAGGAAUUUUUAGGACAAGAAAGUUUGUGCUAUCUAAAAAUCAAGCAUCAUCAACAAAGACAGAAGAAACAGGAUCAAAGGGAAGAAAUGGUAAAUGGAAAUUGUUUAGUUUCAAAAAGUUUUGUUUGGCACUGCAUUGUGCAAAUAUUGGCGGUGGUGCUGAUAGAGAUUAA